CAAAUGUCAAACUAACCAACAAGUUUUACGUUCAGGGAAACUAGUUUUUUACGAUCGACCAUUCCGAUGGUCACCCUGCUCUUCAGAGUCUGAAAGUCGCUGAAAGUGAACUCUCAAAUCCUCAAAUCCUCAAAGCAAAGCAAAGCCAUCAUCAACAACACAAGCUCGCCUAGCUCUGUGUAGUCAUCAACGUUGGAUCAGUCGGAAAAGUGGGAACAAAACUUGGAAUCCUUCAGAAUGACCUUAAGCGGCGACGACCUGAAGGCCGCUCUGGAUGCGCCCUCUUCCGGCAUUCACGUGGUGUUCAAUGACGAGGACCUGCCCUUUGAAGAGGAGCUGCUCCGGAAUCCGCACUCGCUCAAGUCCUGGUUGCGCUACAUCGACGCUCGCUCGGAAGCCCCGAAAAAGAGUCUGAACCUGUUGUACGAGCGAGCCCUCAAGGCGCUACCCGGGUCGUACAAGCUCUGGUAUCACUACCUCAAGGUCCGUCGGAAGCAAGUCAAAGGCCGAUGUCUGACAGAUCCGAUUUUCGAAGAAGUGAACAACGCCUUCGAGCGCGCCCUGGUUUUCAUGCACAAGAUGCCCCGGAUCUGGAUGGAUUAUUGCACCUUUCUCGUGUCCCAACAGAAGAUCACGCGUACUCGCCGCGUCCUGGAUCGGGCCUUACGCGCCCUGCCCAUCACCCAACACGAUCGCAUCUGGAAGAUCUAUGUCAAUUUCAUCAAGCGACACCCGAUUCCAGAAACCUCGGUUCGAGUGUUCCGCCGAUAUCUUCAGUUGUGUCCUGAGCAAGCCGAGGAUUUCGUGGACUACCUAAAGGAAGCAGGGAAUUUGGAUGAAGCCGCCAAGUGGUUGGCCAAAAUCGUAAAUAAUCAAGAUUUUGUCUCGAAACACGGCAAGUCGAACCACGCCUUGUGGUACGAGUUGUGUGAAUUGAUCUCGAAGAACCCCUUGGACGUCAAAUCGCUCAAUGUGGACGCGAUUAUUCGCGGGGGUCUGCGGCGAUACACGGAUCAGGUGGGCCAUCUAUGGAAUUCAUUGGCCGAUUAUUAUAUCCGAAGCGGUCUUUUCGAGCGGGCACGGGAUAUUUACGAGGAGUCAAUCCAGACCGUGACCACGGUCAGAGAUUUUACCCAGGUGUUUGACGCUUACGCUCAAUUCGAGGAGUUGGCUCUGUCCAAGCGAAUGGAAGACCUUGAGGGCAACGAGCAACCCUCGCAGGAUGAAGAAUUGGAGAUUGAAAUGCUCAUGGCCCGAUUCGAAGACCUCAUGGAGCGACGGCCGCUUUUGCUGAAUUCAGUGUUGCUGCGGCAAAAUCCGCAUAAUGUGGCGGAAUGGCAAAAGCGCGUGACUUUGCUGGAGGGUAAACCCCACGAGAUCAUUAGUACCUACACGGAAGCCGUCCAGACUGUGGAUGCCAAGCAAGCGGUGGGCAAGUUGAACUCACUUUGGGUGAAUUUUGCCAAGUUCUACGAGACCAAUAAACAGAUUGGCGAUGCUCGAAUCAUUUUCGAAAAAGCCACUCAUGUGUCAUAUUUGAAAGUCGACGAUCUGGCCAAUGUCUGGUGUGAAUGGGUGGAAAUGGAACUCCGACACGAUCACCACGAAGAAUGCUUGAAACUCUUGCAACGGGCUACGGCUCCGCCUCCUCGUAAAGUGUCCUACCACGAUGCAGCCGAAACGGUUCAAGUCCGUCUGCACAAAUCUCUCAAAGUCUGGUCGUUGUACGCAGAUCUGGAGGAGAGCUUUGGUACGUUUCAGUCGACCAAGGCGGUUUAUGAUCGCAUCCUUGAUCUCAAGAUCGCUACUCCUCAAAUCAUUAUCAAUUUUGGACUUUUCCUCAAGGAGAACAACUAUUUCGAAGAGGCGUUCAAAUGCUACGAGAAAGGCAUUGCUCUUUUCCGAUGGCCUAAUGUCUUUGAUAUCUGGAACACGUACCUCUCCGAGUUCUUGGAACGCUAUGGUGGAAAGAAACUGGAACGCGCUCGUGAUCUGUUCGAACAAUGCCUGGAGACUUGCCCCGAGAAGUAUGCCAAGCCCAUCUUUUUGCUGUUCGCCAAAUUGGAAGAGGAGCACGGGAUGGCUCGUCACGCCAUGGCCGUUUACGAUCGGGCCAUUGAUGCCGUCGAAAAGUCCGAACGCUGCGCCCUGUUCAAUAUCUAUCUCCGGAAAGCGGCCGAGAUCUACGGCGUGACCAGGACCCGACAAAUCUACGAAAAAGCCAUCGAAGUCCUGGAAGACCGCGAAGCACGCGAUAUGUGUCAACGAUUCGCCGAAAUGGAGACUAAAUUGGGAGAAAUUGAUCGAGCUCGUGCCAUCUACGGGCAUUGCUCACAAAUGUGCGAUCCUCGAGUGGCACCACAGUUUUGGGCCGCAUGGAAAGACUUUGAAGUUCGUCACGGUAACGAGGACACGGUACGGGAGAUGUUACGAAUCAAGCGAUCCGUUCAACAUAUCUACAACACUCAGGUCAACAUGAUGUCGGCUCAGAUGUUGCAAGAUGGCGUUAAUGCCCCGUCCACGUUGGAUGAGUUGGCCGCUGUUAGCCCGGACUCGGACAUCAAGGAUGAGAUGCGACUUCUGGAAGCAAAGGCGGUCGAAAAAGACGGCACAAAUUCGUCUUCCGUCUCAUUUGUCCGUGGGGAGACUCAAUCCAAGGAAGUUGAGGCAUUGGCUAAACAGCCCACAGUGAACCCGGCCGAGAUCGACUUAGGUGAUGAUGAUGACGAGGACGAUAGCGACGAGGAAAACGAAGAGGAAACCGAGAAAGCACCCAAACCUGCCCGAAUCGGGGGAGUGGAAAAGCAAGCCAUUCCAGCCCAAGUUUUCGGAAGUCUCAAACGAAACGAAGACGAUGAAGAAGAUUGAACGCUAUGUCUUAAUCUACUUGUAUACCAUUAAAUGAUGUUCCAAAGUC